UGUAGCGAAUCAGCGGAGCAGACACUGCAAAGCGGAGGCUGUCACCUCCCCUCCUCCGUCGAGCUGUCAGUUGACAGCGGCACACAUGAGCCUCAGUGCUGCAGGCGGAGUUCAACACCCGUUGACUGCACGUCUAAAUACCCGCACCUCUGCGUUUUAAUUCAAACUGGAGGGGGGGGGCAAGGACGUGACAUGACACCUCUGUCAUCUCUGCGGACUGACCACAAAAGCGUAGGAGGAGGGCUGAGCCGCCUGCUAGUCCAGAGCUGCUAGCUGAGCUAAUGUUAAUAGUUAGCUCGCAGGCUAACGGUAGAUAGCUGGUGAACGGAGUCCGGGUUAGCUUUGUGCCGUCAGUUAGGCUAACGUUACAUAUCUGGCUCGCUAGCGAAGGUCGGAGGGACUGACGGUUAAAAAACGCCUUUAGUUAGCCGUUCGGUCAUUAAUGUGUCAUUUUAACAUCAUGUUUUAAGACUGCGUGAUUUUUUGCGUUCAACCUGUCACUGGGGUUUCAUAUUAUUCUUGUUUUAUACGCGUAUUAAUUUUACGAAAUUUGUCGUUGGCGUUCGCUAGCUAGCGAGCUACACGGCUAUGCUAACGCCAGCUCAGUGAGAGCUCACAUCGCAGGGGGGUGCGGAGAGCUCCGGACCAGUCAAGGAAGGAAGAGAGGUGACUUAUGAUGUGGGCUGAGGGAAGCGGCGGACUGUUAGGCGAAGGAGAGCAGCAGUAUUAGCUUUAACACAUCGUAUUUUUAUAUUUUUUCCCCUUCAUAUUAGUCCUUGUCGAGGUAGGGCCAUAGCGCCAAGUUAAAGCUGUGUGGGACGGUUGUUGGGGUUAAAAAAGAAUUGGGACACUUUGAUUUGCGAGCUGGCUAAAUGAAUAGUAUUUAGUAUUACUGAGUCGUGAGCUGGUGGCCACUGUGCCAGCUUCAAAAGGGAAGACACUCUGCUGUCAAGAUUAUCGCACAGACUGCAAUAACCAGCCAGUUGGCUUUAAAGAAAAGAUGGCUUCGGCGAGCAGCAUUGCCGCAUCUAUUGCGAGCAAAACGAAGACCAAGAAAAAACACUUCGUGGCUCAGAAAGUGAAGCUCUUCCGUGCCAGCGACCCUCUGCUCAGCGUGGUCAUGUGGGGAGUCAACCAUUCGAUAAAUGAGUUAAGCCAUGUUCAGAUUCCCAUCAUGCUCAUGCCGGACGACUUCAAAGCCUAUUCGAAGAUCAAAGUGGACAACCACCUCUUCAACAAGGAGAACAUGCCCAGCCAUUUCAAGUUCAAGGAGUACUGCCCUCUGGUGUUUCGAAACCUCAGGGAGAGGUUUGGCAUCGAUGAUCAGGACUUCUUGAACUCACUGACACGCAGUGCUCCCUUGAACAGUGAGGCCCAAGGACGGAGCGGGGCUCGUUUCCAUACCUCGUAUGACAAACGCUACGUCAUCAAGACCAUCAGCAGUGAGGAUGUGGCAGAGAUGCACAACAUUCUAAAAAAAUACCAUCAGUUCAUCGUGGAGUGCCAUGGCAACACGCUGCUGCCUCAGUUUCUGGGGAUGUAUCGGCUCACCGUGGAUGGAGAUGAGACCUACAUGAUUGUUACACGCAAUGUCUUCUCUCACCGCCUUUCUGUCUACAAAAAAUAUGAUCUCAAGGGUUCUACUGUGGCAAGAGAGGCCAGCGACAAGGAGAAGCAGCCGCCCCAACCAGAGGAUGUGCCCCCGCGGCCCAAAUCUGGUAACGUUCAGCAAAGGCUGCAAACACUGCGGAUUGCCACGCGCUUUUACUGCGCCAUGAAACACGUAAGAGAUGCCAAGGAGCUGCCCACCUACAAGGACAAUGACUUCAUCAACGACGGGCAGAAGAUCUACAUUGACGGGGAGAACAAGAAAAUGUUCCUAGAGAAGCUCAGGAAAGAUGUGGAGUUCCUGGCCCAGCUGAAGCUCAUGGACUACAGUCUGUUGGUGGGGAUCCAUGAUGUGGAACGAGCCGAGCAGGAAGAUGUGGAGAGUGAGGACAACGAGGCCGAAGAGGAGGGCGAGAGCGACGGAGGGGGCAUCGGAACACCCCCUGACAGUCCCAGCAACACCUUGGACAGCACCAAGCCUCUGUCACCUGGAGAGUUUGAUCCCGCUAUUGACGUCUACGCCAUCAAAAGCAACGAAACUGCUCCCAGGAAGGAGGUGUACUUCAUGGCUGUCAUAGACAUACUUCAGCAUUAUGAUGCCAAGAAGAAAGCUGCCCACGCCGCCAAGACUGUCAAACACGGGGCCGGUGCGGAGAUCUCCACAGUGAACCCAGAGCAGUACUCCAAGAGGUUUUACGAUUUCAUCACCACUAUCCUGUCAUAGCCUCCAGGAGCGACACGGGGGCACAGAGGCACAUGGGAAAGGGAGGGCAAGUGGGGAGUAGGGCGUGGACGAGAAGUGACGGAGAGAAAAACCAUCGAGAGGCGGAAUUAAUAAGGUGCUGUGAUGGCUUUGUAUCACUCUCCCUCAUCUAUUCUCCUCAUCCCUCUCUGUUUGUUUCUCUCUCUUUCAGUGGGGUGCCACGCUCUGCAGCUAAAAAAAAAACUAAAAAAAACCCAUCAUUCGUUUACAUUUAACCUCUCCUCUGUUGAAUUUUGUUCAUGUGUUACUUUGGAUGAUAAGGGUGUUGAAAGCAAGUGUCCAAGUCAUUAUGUUUUUUUUUUAUAUAAUUUGUUUUUGUCUGUAUGGUUGUGUAUGUGGGAAUGUGGCUUUUUAUUGCCUCUAAUACAUCCAGAACCCUGCAUUUUUUUAUUUUGACGUUCGUAUUUGUCUUUCCCUUAUGAUGUUUCACGGGAGGUAGGGGGGAGGUAUGACGUGUAUAGUGCGAGGUCAAGGGGAGUGCAGGGGUCAGAUCGCGGUGCCUCUUGCAGAGAAACGGCUUAAGCGAAAUGUAAUGAGGAAGUUCAUGUUGAGCCUUGCCUAAUGCAAUUGCUUCACUUCAGGAAGUAGGAAGCAGUCUUCCAAUAGGCCAACAGCCAGACCCCCACCCAAAUGCUGUACAAGUACUCAGCCAAACAAAUUUUCCUAUUUGGGUUCCUCCAUCACUCACCCUUUAAACGCCUCCCCUCCCCCUCCCCGAUCCUUCGUGCACAGUUUCCAGGUUAUCCUCUUGCCACACACUCAAACAAACACAUCUCAUCAGCUGAGAUGAGUUUACUUGUUGCAGUAAAUUAUAACGCUUAUUUCCAGCACUAGUUGCACCUCCAGUGGUUGCCGGUGCUUUGUCCCUUUUUGCUUUAUCGUGAUGCACAGUGAUUAAGAGUGUUUAAGGGAAGAUGUACCUUUUUAAAAUGAGAAGAGGAGGCAUUCAAGCACACAGUAUCAUUUACUUGCAUCCACUCUAAAUACGUUGGGCAUUGUUAUGUAGGCCUGGUUUCUGUUCUCGUGGCAGGGAACAACCCAGAAGUCUUGUGUGGCUGUAGUGAUUAAAAGGGUGUCGCAUUGAAACAUCAACAGCCCUUAACUUUCUGUUGCCAUCAGCACCUUAUGAGUAAAAUCAAAAAUGUUGCACUUUUAUUUGUUAUUAGAGGUUAGGAACUCUUAUUCUGUUACAUGUGCUGCAACAAAGAGGAAAAUGAACUCUGCUUUCUUAAAAUUGAAUUUUUUUUAGGCCUGAUCUCGAAUCCUGUCUCCUCUGCCAUUGAUCACCUUUGGGUACUUCUUACUGUAGGGACUGGUUGGGAAGAAUUUACUGCAAUAUUAGAUGGUGAAAGUGGACGAGUUCUGUUUACAGGGCUUUUUGUAAACUAACCUCUCCGAUCCUUUUUAGAAGUGCUCUGUGGUUGUCGGUGGGUUUUGGGACAAGGCAACAGUGUGGCUGUGCUUGUGCUUUCAGGGCAGACAGAGGACUGUUUACCUCCAGCAUCGUACCAGCACACACCCAAUGAUAGCAAACGAUGUGUGUGUGUUCAGUGUUCAAAAGUUAUAAAGGGGGGAGGGGGUGGGAAAACAAAGGGGAGGAGGGCGGUUGGGAAGAGUAGCUGCCGAUGUAAAGAUACAUGUUGUUAAGUCAUUAACAUCAACAGCACCGUUCUCUUCUCUAACCUCAGCUGUGAGUCUGUUAUUCAUCUUUGUUUGUGUUGUUAUUGUUGACAUUUUUUAAAGGUGGUUUAUCUGUGUUUGAAUUUGGCGGUUUUAUGAAUUGAUGUGGUAAGAAUUUUCUUUUUCUUUUUUUUUCUUUUUUUUUUUUGUAUAUUUUGCACAAGAGGAAAGGAACCAAAUGUUACGAAUUACGAUCCCAAUUAGUUGAUAUAGUCUUAACAAGGGAAAUGCAAUAUACUUGUAUGUAAGCGAGAAAAACUGUGUGUGAGUGUGUGACGUUGUGUAUCAUUUCUGGAUAACCAACUUAAACAAGUCGUCCUCCUUGGCUAUUCUAACCCAUGCAAAAAGCUUCCAUCACAAUAUGUUUGUUUAGAUAUCAUAGAUUAUAUUCACAUUUAUAUUUUUACAUUGGAUUUUAGUCAUAAAAUAUAGUUGUAUUUAAAAACAAAAAAAAGGAGCCACCCUUAGGAAUGAAUGAUGGUGCUGUGGUAAAUGAAGAAUGAUACUGCUUGAAUUUAUACAAUGCUUACUAUAGAUGUUCUCUAAAAAAAAAGUCAUAAAAAAAAAUUGCAUGUCACAGGACUAAGUUUCCUUUUCUCCUCUCUAGUCUGUGUUGUUGGCUGUUCAGGUUCUCGUUGUGUCCCAACAUUUUAACCAGAUUUGUGAGCUGUUCAGCGUAAAAUAGUCCCCUACCAUGCUUUAAAUAACUGUUUUUCAUUGUAUACACUGUGCAAGAUUGUGUGCCUUUAUACUCCGAAAUUAUUUAAUUUUAUAUUUUGUAAUCUUUUUUUAAAACAAAGGUAAAAGGUUAUUUUAAUAAUAGGGUGUUUUAUUUUGACAUGCAUUAUUUCCAACUUUUAUUUUCACCCCCCUGCUCAAACUUCUUCCACCCUGACACCUCUGUUAUUUACAUUUGUUCAUAUUAUUCAGUCAGUUUAACAAAAAACAUGCUAAAGAUUGUGUUUUAACGGACUAAAAAAAAAAAGGCGAAAGGCUGUCUUAAAUUUGAAUACGGUGGAUCUGUUUCAGUUCUGUAAAUUCAAAUCCAUCCUUCUGAUUAUUCAGUGUGUACAAGCAUCCCUUUGCUCCUCCGCCACCUCCUGCUCAGAGCGAGGUGGUGUCUGCUGAUAUUAAUCUCUCGUUCGUUUCACGCUGGUCCUGCGUUCAUAAAGAACAUGCGUGUGCGUGUGGGUGGAUAGUGGAACGUGCGUGUCGUGAUUGUGUUUUGUAGUGAUCGUCCUCGCUAACUGACUGCUUCCUCUCCCCCAUCACCUCAGGAGUCUGUCAGCAUCCCCGUCACAUUUACCCAUUAACCACAGUCACAUUUCAGGAAUGUGAUCUUUCUUUUUUGUUUUAAAGUGUUUGUCCAGAAUUUCACUUCGUUUCUGAAACAGGUUUAUGUUCUCUUGCUUCCUUACCUCCAUAUUUUUUGAUCAGGGAGGUUAUCAGCUGAUAGUUCAUCCUGAGUCAGUGAUGAUUGAUAUUUCUGUGUUCUUUCACUAUUAAUGGGCUGUUUUGUUUCUAAUGUCCUGUAGCUCAUACUGUAUAUAGUUUGUGUCAUAAAGAAAAACAAGGAAUGAGGGAACACAAUCGUCUUCGAGUCUGCUUUGCUCCGUUUGGCCCUGUAGUCAGACACAAGCAAGUAGAAAAACAGAGCAGUGCAUGCUGGAAGAGUGAGUUUUCUCCUGUUUGCGGUUUUGGAACAUUAACUCUGGAUCUCAUGCGAGGAAGACCGUGACGAUGCCAGACUUUAACAGAUGCAAAUUAAAGACAAUAAUAACACAACAUGCCCUGCUGCUGUACCGUAAAAUGAAUCCUUGCUUUUGUGACUUCUCUCAUGAAUGAGCUUCUUCACCCGUUAACCCCACCCACCAGUCAACCUGCUGCCACUGUUAACUUGCCAAAAGCAUUUCUCAGCAGUCAGAACUACCCUACAUGAGCUUGAAGAACAUUGUGUAUCGUAUAAUGUGUCUGUUUGUUUGAACUGAAUUUGUUUUUUUGUCGUUUUUUUUUACGUGUACUGGGAGAUGGAGCGACAAGCUCAUAUGUGAAAUUGUCCAAAGUUGUGGGAAACGGGCCCUGUGUUCAUGUGGUUUAUCAAGUGUUAAGGGAAAAAUUGAUUUGACAAAUGCAAAUGAGCAGAGGCCAGGCAAGAUCUGCAGAUCUGCAGAGCUGGAGAUUUCCUUUGGCUUUGAAAUACAAAAUUAAAUAUUUUAUGGAGGGGGGAAAAAAAUCAUUUUGAAAGUAUUUGAAUUCACAUGCAGAAGGCAACACACACCAGGAAACAUCCCGUCCUGCGAUUAAGCUUUGGCCUCACAUUAGUCCCGAGUUCUUUUAGACUCCAUCUAAAAGACUUUAAGCAUCGGUUAAAGCAUUACUGUGUUUGUAUGUGUGUGAGUGUGUGUUUAUUGCUGUCUGACAAUGGUUGGUGAGAGUUCUCCUUUCAGUGGCAGAGAGGCCAAAAUGUUGAUGUAUGUUUAUUGUUCUUCACAUUUAAUGAUGAUGAUGAUAAUAAUACACUCCAUUCCAUAAGCGUUCACUCAAACCAAUUAAAGCACUUGUUCUGCUUAACUCAA